CAGAUCCUGGUGAUAGAGCUCAUAAAUGUGAAGCAUGUAACAAAACUUUUAAAAAAAAUUUGAAUUGAUGCGGCAUUAUGUUGUCCAUACAAAAGAACGUCGUUUUGUAUGUGAAAUUUGCGGAAAACGAUUCUCCCAAAAAGCUUCUCUGGGACAGCACACACUAACUCAUAACUCAUCCACUGCCCAAAGUCAUAAAUGUUCACUUUGUGAUGCAACCUUCUCACAAGCUGGAAAUUUACGUCGGCAUGUGAAGCUUCUACAUCCUCCAGAUGCUACAUCGCGUGCAGUUUUUCGAUGUCUCAAAUGUACUUGUGUAUUUAGUUCGUUGCAACCACUACAAGUACAUGCUCGAAAACGGCAUCCAGAACAAGUAACUUUGAAAAAUUCUAUCAUUAUGGAAGAAGGAACUACUGACCUACAGAAACAAAACAAAAGACGUAGGUUUUGUUGCUGUAUGUGUGGAAAAGCUUUCGGCAAAACAUCUGAUUUGGUGCGACAUUAUCGAAUACAUAGUGGUGAACGGCCAUUUUCAUGUAAUCGAUGUGGCCGAGAUUUUAACUUGAAGUCUUCAUUAAAGUUGCAUAUGGAUAGUCACGUCCGCGCUGACCAUCCCGAUAAUUACUACACAUGUGCGCGAUGUCCUGUUUGCAUGAAGCAGUUAGCAUCGGCACCAUCGUUACGCCGUCACCUCAAAAUCCAUGAAAGACCAUUGGAACAUUGUGGAGUGUGUUCGCAAAUUUUCCUGAGCAAAAAAGCAUUGGAGCAGCAUCAGAUAGCUUGUUUGACAGCAAAUGCUGAAGUUGGUUCGUCUGGAAGUUUAUUGGAACUUUUGCCACCUACUGAUGAUACCACUGUAAAUACUGAGCCGGAACGGAGACCAUACAAAUGUCGUACCUGUACGGCAUCAUUUUCAACGCUUCGCUGUUUGAAGGAGCAUAUUAAUCGACACACGGGCAUAAAACCACACAUAUGCCGAUUAUGUUACAAGUCAUUUUAUUCCUUAGCCCAGUUAAAAUGUCACAGCGAGAUACAUACUAACAAGCGGCCAUUCAAGUGUUUGAUGUGUGAUCAAACAUUCAGGCGGCAUUCUCAAUUAAAAGCACAUACAAGCAAACACCCACGACCCAAUAGCUUGAUGAAUUUUGAAUCUCUUUCAUGGUCACCCGAUAAUUUAUUCAGUAAAAGUGUACAAGAUGAUAAUGCUCACUUUAGUGAAAACGAUCUUACCAACUUUGAUUUUUCGUCUUUGGACGCUGAUUCGAAACAGUUGAAUAUUGAUAGUUCAGUUGAGACGUCGUAUUUGAAUAGCUGUUUAUUAUCACAAGACCGCGACCUAAUAAAUGGUUUGGAAGUUGAAAAAUCUCAAGAAACUCGUUGCCCUGUGUGCUUUUUUAGUUUCAGUUCAGAUACUACGUUAUCAACUCAUUUGUACAAUAUGACUUCCGAUCCGCUACACAGUCUUCCUAUCCUAGCAUGUAAUCAUUGUUCAAAAACCUUUUCCGGAUGUGUUGGCCUCGCUGAUCAUUUGCAAGCAUCCCAUCGUCCUAAUCAGCAUGAAGAACGAAGUUUCGCCUGUGAUGCAAAUUUCUUGUUGAAGCAAGACCAUCGAUCGCAUGUAUGUGAUGUAUGUGAUCGACGAUUCAAAAAACCAUCAGAUCUGGUGCGACAUAAGAGAAUUCACACAGGUGAGAAACCCUUUUCAUGUGGGAUAUGUGAACGAUCUUUCCGCGUUAAAUCAACUUUAUAUCAACACUUGAAAAUACACGAAGAUUUGGGUAAUGCUCGUGAAAUGUGUACGCUGUGUAAGCGAUGCUACUGUUCGUUAUCAGCUUUACGGCAGCAUUUAUAUUUAGCUCAUGCGGAAGAGAAAUCUUUCAAAUGUACGGAUGAAACAUGCAGCGAACGAUUCAAGACUGCUCGUAGCCGUGACGCACACGUGAGACAAUUCCAUUCAUACGUAGCUGUUGAUGGUAUUGAUGGUGUUGAUGGUGUUCCGUCUUCGCUUAGCUCCAAUGAGCAAUUUCAGGCAACUGCGUUACAGCUGGCACCUGAUCCCAAAAAUGCGGGUUUUGUGCAACCUUCGUUUAAUUCUGCUUUUUCACAUGUUGUAAACAAGGACACCAACAAUACGACAACGCACCUUGUGUUGAGACUGCAGCCACAUCUGAAUCCGCAAACUGUUGAAGUGACAGUUAAUGAAAUUUCUGUCAGCGAUGUUAAUGAAAUAAAUAAUUGCGGUGCGAUUGUGAUUCCGAUGCAGAUGCUGCGCUCUUUAUCACCGGAAGGUGUAAUGCUUCGAAUUGCGGUUUCAUAUCCAUUCUUGAAUGCUGGUUCAUUCAUGAUUGUCGACUCACGGCGCUUGUUUUCUUUUUUAUCAAAAAAGGAACGAAUACUAUAGUGGUACCAGUGAAUGCAUCCGUUGAACUUACCAAUUUACCAUUAAGUGUGUACACAACUGCCCAAGAUUUUGACUCUUUGGCACAACCACCGACAUUCAUCUCGAACUGUGUUAUUUGUGAUGAAAGUUUCUCUAGUCAGGAAGAAAGUGAUGCACAUUUCGGUAGUGAAGAUCAUGAAACAGCACAAUUUUUCUCGCUCCCACAAUUAACGCGGCAUUUGGAUGGCGCAACAGCAACAGUAAAUAACGAUCAUUUUCAGCCGUUCAUGACAAGAAUGGAAGUGUGUAAGCUUUGCUUGGAGCAAUUCCAAGACCGAGAAUGCUUACUGGCACAUGUACGUCGGGAGCAUGAACGAGACAGUAUUGAUUUGCUUGAUCGCAAUGAUUUGUUAACUUGGCGUCGCACUUAAAUUAAUUAGAAGGAAUUUUUUGUUGUCCAUGUUUUUUUUCGAUUUCAUAUCAUUUUUUUCAUUGUUCUGUAUUUGCUUAUAUAUUGUUCUAUAAUUACAUUUCACUGAAUAGAUCGAACUAUGUAUGCAUGUUCAAAAACUCGAAUUCGUAACAAUUGGAAUGUUGUUUUCUUGGUGAACAGAAAAUCUAGCAUCAUUACUUUGAUUUUAUCAUUUGAUACACAUAUGUGAUGUGGAUCUUAUAACAUUCUAUGCAAAUUGUACAUUUUCCUAAAGAUUUCAGAUAAUUUUCUACACUUUUGAUUUGCUGUUCCAC